AUGGCAAAUCAAAGCAAGAUCUCCUUCUUGAGCCUCCCAGUCGAACUCAGACUCCAAAUCUACAGGCUGACGUGGGACCUGGACCCUGAACCGUACACCUUCUCACUCACUACGUACCAUGACCCAGGGUCCCUGAAACACGACCUUCUCAAAGAUCAGCUAACUCACCUUCGGAAACUCAACAGCCUGUGCAGGUUCAUCCGAAGCGAAGCCCUCUCCGAAUUCUUCUGGCGGACGCAAGUCUAUUUGCGUCAUGAGCCCUACUCGAACAUAGACGGUGCUUGGUAUUCGGACGAGUAUCAGCAGGGUCUCGACCUGAUCAUCAGGGAUCCUCUUCUCGCCAAGUAUACCAGGCACGUCUACUGGGCCAUAAUGCUCGACAAAGAUGUGGAGGACAUUGAUCGGCACAAGCACAGAGGCAUUCGAGAGUACAAACCGGAGUUUAAGGUGCCUGACAUGCCCUGGCCCUGGGAAUCGUAUUACUUUGUCAUGCGGCUACCGAAUCUGACGACUCUCCAUGUCGAUGUCGAAACCUACAAAGACUGGCACGAUUUGCGCAUGUGGUCUUGCUGUAUGGCUGAACUUUAUGAGUGGCCCACGAUGAAGAAGAUCACUCUUCGACUUACCUUCAAGACGGCCAAGAGCAUUAUCACGAAGGCACACCGAUCGCGAUGGGUCAGGCGAGGACGCUCACAGGAGCGGUUGACAAGGAAUAUCUUGAACCAUCUCCUGACACUACCCAAGGAUACGUAUCGCGACGCUCCAUGCCAUAUCAUCCAAAACCAUUUUGGCUAUCAGUGCCCCGUGUGGCGCCGUGAGGAGCGGCUCUAA